AUGGCGGACGACACCAGAACGCCCUUGGACCACUUCAAUGCGGUAGCCGAGUCCUAUGAGAAGAGCACUGGUGGCUGCACGAGAGAGCUCGCUGAGAGGCUCGUCCCGUUACUCAAUAUCAACAACGACUCCGUGGUUCUUGACAACGCAUGCGGCACUGGUAUUGUUACCGAUGUUAUCAUGCAGAAGUUCAACAAUGGGAAAGGGCCUGUAAUCCACGCGGUCGACGGAGCAUCCAAGAUGGUUGAGCUCGUGGAAGCCAGGUUUCCGGACAACGACCAUGUACGAACAGGUGUCAUGCCUGGCGAAAGUUUGAAGUUCCCCGAUGAGACCUUCACCCACUCAGUCACCAACCUCGGAUUCUUGUUCUUCGAUGACGCGAAGAAGGGCGCAUCUGAGAUUUGGCGCACGCUGAAACCUGGCGGUAUUGCUGUUGUCACCAAUUGGGAGGAGCUCGGAUACCUUCCCGUCCUGUGGAAGCUCCAACGUGAGAUACGUCCAAAAGAGGAGCCAUUCAGCGUGCCUAUCAAGCCCGAAUGGUUCAAACCCUCUCAUACGGAAGAGGUUCUGAGAUCUGGUGGGUUUGAAGAGGUUGACCUUCAGGAAAUGGUUGUUCACUGGGGCGCGGAGAGUUUAGAGGAGGUCUCGUCGUCAAUCGUUCAGAUGUUUGGCCCCGCUGUGUUCAAGGACUGGAGCGAUGAAGAUAAGAGAAAAGCAAUGGAUAUGGUACCGUCAAUACUGAAAGACGUUACUGUUUCACUGAACAGAAACGGCCAGAGUUGUGUUGGUGUCACUAUGAAAGCUAUCGUUGCUAUAUGUAAGAAGUAG